UCUCUCUCUCUCUCUCUCUCUCUCUCUCUCCCUCCCUCGCACACGCCCCGCAUCUCUUCUAUCUGCAUGCACUAUUUCUCUCUUUCAUCCUUUGCUGUGCAUCUCUCUUUUGAGGUUCAUUUGGUUCAUCUGUCCUCAGCAUCGGUUCAUCUCCAGCAUCACUAUGACCAGCACAGUUUCAGGUUACUGUGAGAAGUUGAGAGAGAUGUCUGUGUUGUCUCUCAUCUGCACUUGUUUGUAUUCUCAUCCAAACACCAUCAGACAGUUUGAAGAUACGGAAGUGAAGUCGCUGAAUAAGCGAGCGUCUGGUCAGGCGUUUGAGGUCAUCCUCAAGAGUCCUACUGAUUUAUCUCCAGAGAGACUGAAGGUCCUGAAGAAGCAGAAGAAGAAGAAGCCUUCACUGAAAGACCUGCAGAGGAGAUUACAGGCUGCUGAAGAAAGACGAAAGUGUCAGGAGAUGAAGGUGUUGAGGCAUCUGGCAGAGAAACGUGAGCGUGAGAAGGAGGUUCUUCAUAAAGCACAGGAGCUCAACAACAACUACAGCAAAAUGACAGAAGAGAAACUCAAUCACAAGAUGGAGCAGAUCCAAGAAAACCGCACGGCUCGUCUUAAUGCUCUCCAACAGCGUCUGCGAGAAAAGGAGAUCCACGUCGCUGAAGUCCGCAGAAAUAAAGAGCUUUACACCGAGCUCUCUGGAUAAAGACACACAGUCUGAACACAACCCCAUCGAAACUUGAAUGCAUUUGGGGAAUGGCCACACUUUCUUAAGAUUUGAACCAAUAAAAAUCCCUGAGUGUA